UCUAUACUGUGUAUCGAUAUUUUGAGUUGUAUCGCCCAUCCCUAUGACACACGCAUACGCAGGCAAGCAAGCAAGCAGUCUCGAAUUAUAUUCGCGGGGCUGCUGGGAGCCGGCCGGCCGGCCGGGUUCGAAAAGUAAAACAAGCGCGCACGUACGUGCGAGCGAGACGGGGAUAGCCGCGAUGCCGCGUCAGUCGCGCGACGAACGGAAGGAGACGGCGAGAGGGCACGGGCGUAGCAGGGAGCGGCUGCGUGAGCGCGACAAAGAGGACGCGAUGUUCGCGGCAGCGUCACGCCGCCGACGCGGUACGCGACAACGGCGCGCAUCGAUUGGCGCGCUAGCCGUGACCCCCACCAUGGUGCUUUCGCUUUCACCCAAUGGGGCCUCACUUUCGCGCUCGCCCGCGUUCGGCGCCACGGCAGCCGGCACGCUGUCGUCGCCGGCUUCUCUCAGUGACUGGUGCACCCUACGUGCGAGCGAGUGUUUUUCGUCGAGCGUCGUGGGCUCGUCCGCUUCGUUCGGGAGAGCAGAACGGAAAAGAAAGGAGAACGAAAAGGGGUAGACGACGAGGAGGAGGAAGAAGAAGAGGCAGCCUCGGUGUGCCGUGGUGUGUGUUAAACGUAUGUGCGUCCCAGCCUCGUAAUAGAUCGUGAAUAUCGCUCGUUUCGCACAAGUGUCGAUUUAAAUCGUCGCGGCGGUUCGUCGUGUGAAACGCGACGUGCGCGCGCGCGCGUUCUCCGUGUCUCUCCGUCUCUCCCUCUUUCUCUCACCCUCUCGCUCACUCUCCAUCGGAAAUUGCGUUGCACGCCGGCGGCGCGUACCCGGCGCCGGUGACCCUGACAUUCGUCAAGUUGGCACUCGUCGUCUCGCGCGCGCGGGAGCAGCAUCGCGUGCAGUGCGUUUCACGUAUUCGCGACGAGCGAGAGGAGAGGCAGGAACAUCGAGUGAGGUCGCGAGGACGAGAGUGGUGAGCAGUGCAUCCCCGAAGCAGCGGAGAACAACGAGUGAUUCGCGAUCGAAGUUAGUCUUGAGCCUCGCGUCCGAUCUUCGGGACGAUUUUCGAUUCUACCGCGGCGCACGGUGUGACCUUGACUCUGACGCGCCCUCGCGCGUUUCCACGAAGCACCGAGGAGGACGGCGUCCCGUGUGUUUCGACGCGGCGGUUCCAUUGUGACAACGAAUGACUCCGAUUCCUCGCCGAGCGGGCGAGACGCCUCGAUAUCGUCCGGUCGUGAAGUAAACCACCGAUCGCGGACGUGUCUCAUCUCACGCGUGCGAACACACAUAUCUAUCACUCUCUCGCUGCGUCGCCUGCGCGUUUCGUCGUCCCGUGUGAAAUGAGCCGACGUUGAGAAUGAGGGAAUAGGCGGGCGCUGUGAUCUUUGUUACCGGCGUGUGUGCGUGUAGAUGUGUGCGCGCUCGCCUGCUCGUUCCGGCACCCGGCAUCUGCGGCAACCUUCACUUCGAUCGCAUCGCGCAAUAGUUCGAGGAGCCUGAAGGAGCCGGACGAACAGAGAAAGAGAGAGAACACACGAUCUUGAAGAAGAAGCAUCCAUGGCACCGCGGCGUCACGCCAACAGUCACGGCGGCGGCGGCGGCGGCGGCGGUGGCCUCCUGGAGAACGGGGGCGGCGCCGUCGGCGGCGGUGGCAUCAACGAUCCCAUGGACAACCUGUUCGGACCCAGGCAGACGACUCGCUGCUGCACCCCUACCGGUGAGUGCCUGCGCGGCGACAGCCUGAUCCGCCUCAACGCCCUGCACGACGCGGUCAAGGUCACCUGCAACAACGACAACUGCUCGGUCGGCCAGUUCAUGCACCGCGAGUGCUUCGACGCCUGGGAACAGACGGUGCUCACGUACCUGAAGAGCUGCGGCCGCGCGCGCAGCUGGUCCGAGCGCCAGCGUCACCAGAACCUGUGGACGAAGAAGGGCUACGAUCUCGCGUUCAAGGCGUGCGGCUGCCGUUGCGGCCGCGGCCAUCUCAAGAAGGACCUGGACUGGAUGCCGCCCGGGCUGGGCCACGUCGCCGGCAACCGCGCCGAUGAGAACGAGGCGAAAAAGAAGAAGCGCCGCAACCGGCAAAACACCCGGCCGAGCCUCGCGGUGUCGGCCGGCCCGCCCAAUCACAGCAACCACGUUGUCGGCACCGCCAACGGCCGCGGCACCACCGAGGCGCAGAUGAUCGAGUCGGGACGCGGCCGGGCCGGCUCGCUCUCGUCCAGCACUGGAUCCAGCUCGCCGCCGGCCACCAGCGAGCCCAGCGUCAGUCCGCUCCAUCAGCCGCAGGCCAUCAUGAAGAAGAAGAGCAAGGUCGACUUCUUCAGCGACCGCGCGAGACAAAGUUGUGGUGCCAACGGCAUCUUCUCACGUCGCUUGGACUUCAGCGCCUUCAACAGCCUGCCCCGCACCAAGCUGAACUCCUAUCACAUUAAGAUGGAAGACGAGGGUAAUCACGGCAACGACGAUACUAGAUGCUUCAUUCUGUCAACACUGGCCGCCCUACAGUGGUCUAGAGUUACGUGCGUUCUUUGCCGAGCUGCCAUGUUGGUCUUCGAUAGGUAUCCGCUGGUAGACGGCACGUUCUUCUUGUCACCCAGACAACACUCGCCCGCCUGCGCUGAGGUGAAGGUGGAAGGUCGCACGCAAUUUUUGUCAGCCGUGUGCAUGAGUUGCUUGGAGGGCAGUGGCGGACAGCCUGUACGUUGCCGUUUCUGCACCCAAGCGUGGGACGGCUCGAGCUUGGUCCUCGGCACCAUGUACAGCUACGAUAUCUUCGCUGCGAUGCCCUGCUGCAGCGAGCGACUCAAGUGUAACAGCUGCCAGAAGCCGCUGAUCUACCCCCAUCAACGACUGAACUUCUACUCGGACUACAGCCGCGUCUUCGCCUGCCCGCACUGCAGGGCGGUCGACGCCCACUUCGUGAAGCCGCUGUCGGCCUGCUUCACCCGCGAGCAGUUUCAGCUCUACAGCCAGUGGCCGUAACCAUUAGAGAACUUAGCGUACCGCCGCCGUGUGCGCCUCGCGGCCGAUCUGCGUCCCCUCUUAUACAAGUCGAUCUCCCUGUUCCGGACGACCGUGCUCUAGAAAUCAUCCUCCCUUCGCGAACUCCGUAGGAGAUUUAAACCAGUGGCGAACGCGCUCGCUCUCGAGGGGGUUGGGAGUGAGUCGGGGGAGUUAGGGUCGGGAGAGAGAGAAAGAGAGAGAGAGGAACCACCUCGUGUCGUGCACUCGCGUGGGAUUUUUAUUUCCUUGGAUCGACACAGUUGAUUAGAUGCUACCUUUAUUUUUCGGGAAAGCUCUUUUCCUUUGGGGUUUAUUUUUCUCCUUUUAGUUUUUACAGUUCGGACGCGAGAGACGCAGCGAUCAUUUCUUUUGACGCUCUUUGGUGUUUUAAAUUCGUAACUGACGAUGAUGUCGUACGCACGACCCGUCCCCGACUACUUACCCCUCUCCCUCGGCGCGUUCCCGUAACAACUAAUGAAAUUUAAGGUGUUUCUUUUUUAACGUCAAUUGUAGGUUUCUCUUCGUUUUAGGUUGAUCCCAAACGGGAGACGUCGAACCGGCACGGCGGUCAUCGAUUUCGUUCGACGACGCGCGGCCGAGCUUUGAGAAGCUUAGUACAUUUUAUGUUUCAUGUAUAUUGCUCUUUAUGUUUCCAGGCAUUUAUUUGUUUAGAAAAAUGCCAGUUAAUUUCCUUUUUUCAUUGAUAUGUACGACAUUUCAACGAUUGUCAUUAUAUUUCUCUGAUAAUAUAAGUUUUUAAUUAUGGAAAUUCGUUCUUUUCUUUUUUGGGAGGCAGUCUGCGGCAUUUAUCGUUUACUUUGACCGCGAGCGGAACGGGCUCGCGUAAUUUCGACGCGCGACACCUUCGCCGUCUCCCGUUUUUAUUAGUUGAAUUGCUUUGAAAGAAGAAAAAAUAAAUUACAAAUAACGAAUUUAGGCAGAGAUGAACAAUAUUGAACAGACGCGGAGAAAAAAAUGGUCGGUUCCCUUUAUUGUAAACGAAUAUAUUAAAAAAGGCUACUUUCUAGAAAAGGUUGGGAGGGGAAGAAGAGAAGAGAAGAAGAAGUAAAAAGAAAGAAAAGAAAUAACUAUCGUUUGUUACUUAGAUAAUCGAGAACGUUGUUUUUUUUACAUUUUAUUAGUUUAUACGUUUAUGGCGGCCAUGUUGAUUUUGUUUAAGGAUCUACGACUCAUUCGAUGGGUUUCAACGUUGAUUCGGUCGGGCGCGCGUCGCGACUUUCCGCGACUCGGAAAACGCAGUGAAAACGAAGGGAAAAACCAACAUUCGAUUCGCAGAGACGAAUUAUCCAGAACGGAAAAAAGCCGAUCACUCGAGACUGUCAUCUCUCGUUUUCUAAAAAACACACAUGUCCCUUCGUCCAGGCGAGAACAAACUGCUCUCGCUCUUCCGGUUCCGGUCGUCGUUCGAUCGAGUCACCGGACGGUUCUCUCGCGGAGAGUCGCGAUACCGCUCCGAGGUAGCCAGUGUAUAUAACGUAUUAAGUGGAAGAGAGAAGUGAGAGAUAGAAGCGAGAGAAAGAUGAAGGGAAGGAGAGAAAGAGAGGCAUUUUUUUCGGAGAGAAGAGAGCCUUCUUCUUUUUUCUGGCGAUGCUGGUCGUUGCUGUCCACCCCAAUAGCGGCCGUCCCACAAACAGACCGCCCACCGUUCUCAAAGGUAGUAUAGUCGAAUCGUGUACCUUUUUUACGUUACUUCGAUUUAAAAAGUAUACUUAAUCCACGUAAUACACACCGUUACACAUGCUACACGUACACGUCGGGAAGUAUCUAGGAGAGAUGGCGUAUAUAGAUGUGUAGUGCCCCCUCUCCGCCCCCUCCCGCGAAUUUUGAAAAUCGCAUAAACGCGCGGAUGACCACGCGCGGAACUGCACGCUUACUUUACUCGGUGAUUUUUAUUUCGAUCGAAUCGAAUCGGAUGAACCAAGUUUUGUUUACGGGAGAGAUAAGAUUAAGUCGGAUUAAUUAGCGAUUUUGAAAUUUGGUUGAACUGUGGACGCACAUAGUUAAGUAGCUGCGGAACUCACAUUUUAUUUUGCACUCAGUUAUAAUUCCGUUUUAGUCUCAAAAUUAUUGUUUUUAUAAUAAGUUUGCGCAGUUUCGCUCGCGAUUAAAGAAUCCGGAGGAUCCAAGGUAAGUGAGACGGAGAAGCAGGAAGCGGGAGGAGAGGUGGGUGAAAAGCGAAAAAAAAGAAAAAAAAAGGAAUCACGCACUCGCGCAGGAGAACGCGCAGCUAAUAGCGCUAAUGUUCUAGAGACACUUUCUUCGAAAUGGAUAGCCGAAACGAUCUUGGACAAUGCGUCUCCUGCGCCCUCGAACAGUCCAAUUCCCGCGUAACAAUUAAAUUAUAAUAAUUUCUCGCGCGUUUAGUGCCGCAACGGGGCAAGGACGAUCGCGCGCGUUUUUAGUCCUGCCUCUCUGAUCGUUUUGCCGGAUUCACUUUGUCUCUGCUGUAUGUAUGAUGUACAUAAUGUGCGACAGUCAACGGGAAAACUUUAUUUUUUGGGGAAUUCCAGUAAGCGAAGAUGUAAUAUCACUUGCUGGAAUUUUUCAAGAAGACUAGGUGUCCUGAAAAACAACGUGAGUCCAACAUCAGUCGUCCCGACCGUACGUACGUUUCUCAGAGUGCCAAAUGAGCAAUUGCCAAGCAAAGCAGCGUCUUUAGUACUGUUUUCUGUAUUUUCGUCCCUUCUUUCGAGUUUCGUUUCGCGUAUAUGUCACAUACAAUGUCCCCGGCGUUCUUGUGUUAUCUCCAUUCAAAAUUCGGCCUUUCGACAGAUCGAUAAUCGCGGUACGGCCAUUCGAUCGACAGCGAGAGGAACUUGAAUUCCAUUCUUCGCAGACGGGCUAAGAAACAACUUCGAGCGACGUCGAAAUGAAAUUGAAAUGACUUUUGAGGAUGCUGCCUUUAGGAUGAAACAGUUUAGCUCUGGAAAACGGGACCUUCGUAAUUUUUCUUCCAGCGCAGUUCCGCCGAAACACGAUUUUUUCUUUUCGUUUUGCAAAUUUUUAAUAAUAAUAAGUAAUCGCGCGAGAUUGGCAUGCAUUAACGAGGGAGUUUUACAACGCGUUCGCGUAUUUAUUAAGCUGGGAAAUUUCUCUUCGAAAUUAACGCGGAAACCGGUUUACCGGCCGCUUCAAGUUCCUCGCGCGAUCGGAAGCGCGUACAAAAGAGAAUUUUUCUUAAUGACUUGUGGACGCGUGCGCGAGAUAACGGACGCACGCGUCGCCUGUGUACUCCCUACUGCUUUCAAUUUUUAAUAAGAAAAUCUACGUUAGUGAGCGGUACGCGUUAUUAUUCGUUCCUCUGAGUUCCUGUUGCGAGCGGAAGACCUAGGAACAGAGAGGAUCGUUGCAUUCUUGACGGUAUUUCAACAAGUUUCGGGAUUCACACGAUUAUUUGCCGCGGCUUCGCUCAGAUCAACGCCAUCUCGGAAGUCAUUUUGAUUCCGAAAGGAUCAUCGCAAGGAGGAAUAAGAAUGACGCCUCGUGGUUACACAAUUUUUAGAUUUCUAAGAUUCUUUAAACUUUUUCUAUAAUUGUUUUCGUUUUUAUUUAUUUCCUAAUUUGCUGAAACAGAUAUAUUUUAUUUUUAAUCAAUCAAUCAAACUUUAUUUUAGCCAAGAAGGGAUAUUUUAUUUUAUUGCCAACAAAAAAUGAGUUAACGAUAAUAAGACGUCAUAUACGAAUUAAAUUUUGCUUUUUUAAAUUUUAUUAAAUUUGGAAUUGAUUAAUAAAAGCCUGUGUUCCACAAGGAAAGACCGUAGACAAAAUCCGUUUAAGGAAUUCGAGGAGUUUUUUGUAAUGGUUGUUUGUAAAAUCGGCGAUCGUGGAUUUACGGGCGAAGCCGAUGCAAUGCGCGAUUUCGAGCACCUUGGCUUUCUUUCCUGUCAUAAUUUCAUGCGUGGACGCGCGGGCGAGAGUUCCGAAUUCUUUCGGAUCGUCGAGCUGGUACCAGAAGGUCCACGGAACGUGAGAGAAAAAGCGACGAAUUUUUACGGCAGACACCGCGCUUACAAGAGGAAUCGCCGCGAGAAGGGAGGGGAGGAAAAAUAAGUAAUAGCUUUUUCACAUUGACGGUGCCGUAGCAAGCUGCUUUUUUCGAGGAAGACAGUCGAGUGUCUUUUCAUCAUCGAUCGUGCGUCGACGCACGGCGACGCACUUUAGCUCCGUAGUUGGUAAGGCUAACGUUAAAUUAGGCUAACCUUUUUUAUUCGGAUAAUUAAUAUAGCGAUUUUGUACUUUUGCUAUUUUCGUCGACGUCGUCGGUAGAAUAGCGCGAUGAGAGGUCGUCGUGAACGUCUCGCUGAGGCUAAGAUCGCCCGAUGUCAGCCCGAGAUCACGAGGAACGAGAUGAAGAUCUCAUAAAGUGAUGAUAAAGAAUAAAAAAAA